AAUGUCUCCCGAUCUCAAAAUCAACUUUUACACGACAUUCAAGGAGUCGAACUCAAGCAUGUCUGUGGAACUGGCUGAGCGGACGUACUUCUCGGAGACGCACCUUGGUGGGAUGCAGCAAGCCCUCGAGAAAAAACACGCAUUCAUCUUCGAACGGCUUUUCCUGAAUCUGAUGAUCAUCCGGAACUUCACCAACUUCGACGGGUCCACAUCGAUGUACGUGGUGCGGGAGAACCUAGUGCCCGGGUACUCGGCUUGGCUCCUGUACCGAGACAAUCCCUUCAAACGGAAUUUGGACUGGUGCAUCUUGGCAUUCCAUGAGGCCGGCCUGAUCCGACGGUGGAGCGAGGAGGUGCUGGGCGAAGAGAAGAAGAAGUCCCACCAGAUCCGCCAGCAGGAGAAGCAGAAGACGGAGGCAGCGGGAGCGGUCCAAAAGGAGGGGUCCCAGAGCGGAGACCUGCAGCCCCUCUCGAUCUCGCACCUUCAGGGCACUCUCUUCCUCCUCGUGGUUGGGCUGCUGGUCGGCGUCCUCGUGUUUCUGGCGGAGAGGCUAAUGCCCUCGCCGGAGUCAGCCGGGAGGAGGGCGAAGGGCAAGACGUCGGCUGCGGCUCCGUGAGGGCUCCCCGGACUCGCCACACUCAGCUCGGGACUCCUUGACAUUGAUCCUUGUAGUUAUAGGCAAUAUCUCUAGGAUUUUGGUAUACGCAAUGUGUGUUUCUUUCUAUCUUUUAAUGCGAUUGUGUUGAAA